AUGGCGACCUCAACUCUCCCGCUCCUCUUCCUCCUCUCCUUCCUGAUCGCCACCGCCUCCGCCCGCCCCUGCAAAACACUCUUCUAUUUCUCCGCCGCCACCACCACCACAACCACCUAUUACCCCUCCAAUUCCCUAACUCUAAACCCUAACGACCCCAAUUCCGCCCAAAUCGCAAAUUCCCAACACAUAACCCUAAUCUUCACCACCACCACCACCACCUCCUCUCCCCGCUUCCGGAACCGCCACUUCGACCGAUUCAAUGAACUCGCCAAAUCAUUGCGGUCAGAAUCCCCCGUCAAGCUAUACUCCUCCGUCUCCAGCUCCGUCCGCGAUCGCACCAUGGACAUCCUGAGCGUCAUCGGGGCGCUGCUAUUCGGCGUCGGUUGCGGCGCCGUCACCGCCGCCGUCAUGUUCUCACUGUGGAGCCUCUUCAAUCCCCGCCACCGUGACUUCGACGAGCUAUCCUCGUCCUCCGACGAUGAUGACGACUACGAUGACGCCGCCUACGCGAAGAAGAUCGGUUACGUUGCAAUCCCGGCGCAGGGUAAGUUGAUUGACGAUGAUCUGGCGAGGGAGGUUGUUUGA